AUGGAGAGGGUAGAUGGUCAAACAUGUUCAUUACCUUGUUUGAAAGACUCCUACAAAGGGCACAGUAGUCAGAGUGUAGUUGUUGAAAAUGUUGGCACUACUUAUCUGCAUGAAGAAGAUGGUUCCCUUGCAAACUUGAAUGAGAUGGUUCAGUCAGCAGGAAGUUUACACACUGAGGAGUCCGAUACCACUAUAACUUCUGAGCAACAGAACCAUGUCACAGCUUUAACGGAUUCCAGUUUACCAAGCCUGGUUAAUGACAAGUCAGACAAAAGCACCAUUUUUGUUGGAAAUCUGCCCAACAGGACGAUCCGGUGGCAAGAAUUAAAAGCUUUCUUCAGCAAAUUCGGACAUGUUAAAUAUGCCAAAAUUGUCAAGGACCUCACCACUAAGAGGUCAAAACGCUAUGGGUUUGUUGAGUUCUCAAAUUGUGAGGAAGCGCACAGGGCACUUAAUGCUGCUCCUGAAGAGUUAUGUUUCCUUGGAAAAUUCUUGCGAGUUAACUUGACUCACCGCACACCUGAGAGAAAAGAUACAAGACAGGCAGAUGUCAGCAGCGACAGUCAAAGCUCUUGCCAGAUGGCAGCAGCACAGACUCCCUCACAUAUAAACAUAUUAACUGAUGACUCGUUGGUUCAUGUUUUUGAGUAUCUGUCUCCUUUAGAGUUACUCAGGAUAGAAGCAGUGUGCAAGAGAUGGCAAGAGUGUGCUCUGGUCGCUGCCAGACAAAAGAAGUUCAUGAUUCUCACCAGGCACUGUCCUUUUAUUACGUCCAUGAAAGGUGGAGGAUUUUACAAUCUGCUGUCCAAAUGCUGCAAUCUGGUGUCACUAGACAUUUCCUCUGUGGUUAUGUUUUUAAGAGGCAUGGAUCCGUUAAAAGUCAUUG